UGAAGGGGACAAAAAGUGGGUUCGAGUCAUUGUCUGAUUGAUAUACCAAACUCAAAACUCACUUUCUUCCUCUAAUCACUCUCUCCGUCGCUCCGCUUUCUCUCCUCUUUGGUCGUACGUGUAAGUAAAAAGAUAAAACACAAGUCUUUUUCUCGGUUGGUCUUUAAAUCCCCAUUUUUUGCAAUCAUACAUAUCCAUUCUGUUUUGCUCUCUCUCUCUCUCGAGCAAACAAAAGCGAGAGGCUUCCAGUGACAAAUCUCAGCUUUUCUUUUUGUGGUCUACUUUCUGGGAGAUUUUGCAAAAGAGUAUUAUUGAAGAUUCAGACAAAAAUCUGUUUGUUUGUUUCAUAUAAAACUGUGGAAAGGAGAAGGGGUUCUUGAGACUCCAUUGUUAGUUAAAACCUUUGAAUCAAAAUGAGUGCAGCGGCUACAAUGCACAUGCCCAGAGAAGUCUCAAACUACGAUGAAAUCUCUAUGCAACAGAGUUUGCUCUUCUCUGAUAGUCUUAAGGAUCUGAAGAAUCUGAGAACACAGCUGUAUUCAGCAGCUGAGUACUUCGAACUAUCCUACACAAACGAUGGAGACACACACUCAGUCGUGGAGACUCUGAAAGAUUAUGCGAUAAAGGCUCUGGUGAAUACGGUUGACCAUUUGGGGUCUGUCACAUACAAAGUUAAUGACUUCGUCGAUGAAAAAGUUGAUCAAGUAACUGGAACCGAGCUACGAGUUGCUUGCAUCGAACAGAGGCUACGGAUGUGCCAAGAGUAUAUGGAUCAUGAAGGUCGUUCUCAGCAAUCGCUAGUCAUCAACACUCCAAAGUUCCACAAGCGUUACAUUUUGCCUUCAGCUGGUGAAAUCAAGAAAGGUGGUAACCUAGCAAAGCUCAAGAGCGUUGAAAGCAGUAUUGGUGAAGAAGCUGACUGGAACCAAUUCAGAAACGCUGUUCGUACUACAAUCCGGGAAACACCUCCACCACCACUACUUAGAAAACCGGUACUUCCGUCUCCACCACCUCAACGUAAAACGCAACGUUCAGCAACCUUUUCGUUCUCCUCCAUCCCCAACACGGCACCUAAGAAAGAACAAGAUAAACGAGCAGUAUCACCGCACCGGUUUCCGCUGCUAAGAUCUGGUUCUGUUGCUAUCAGACCGACAUCGGUUAGCAGGCCAACUACUCCUAGCAAGAGUAGAACUAUCACUCCUAAACGGUAUCCGUCAGAACCGAGAAGAUCAGCUUCGGUUCGGGCUGCGUUUGAGAAAGAAGCUCAGAGAGAACCAGAGCAGCAGCAGCAGCAACAACCGAGCAAGAGCAAACGGUUACUUAAGGCGUUGCUUAGCCGACGCAAAACCAAGAAGGAUGAUACGCUUUACACUUACUUGGACGAGUAUUGAACAUAACCUGGUUUUGUAUGCCUUUUGGUAAACCGGAAACUUGAUUCCAAUUUUCAUUUGCAUUUUCUGUUACAUAAUAUCAAAUAUAUAUGCUUUGUGUGAAUUUUUGUGUACCGCAUGUUCUCAAAAUAUGAGUGCAAUAUAUUC